GGCUCCACAGGAGGAAAGAGGGAAAUGAGGUGACUGUCCCUUUAAGAGGCAACUCAGCCAGUGCAUGCUGCUUUUAUUACUUAUCGGUGCACCUCCUCUCCAUCACCAGGCUGUGGACCGGACGCAAACACCUACAAGUCUAAGUAGCAUGGACAGUCUCUGUAGUCAGCUGAUGGAUCCAGUGUGACCACUUCCUCUCCUCCUGCUGGCCUUUCCUACACCAUCACCAUGGCAACCUGCCCGAGAGGCUGUGCGCCGGCUGUGCGCCUGUGUCAGAAGCUAAACCGACUUAAGACUCUGGAUGGUGACAUGAUGGCCACGUCUCUCAAACGCUGUCUCUCCACCUUGGACCUGACUCUGAUGGGCGUGGGCGGCAUGGUGGGCUCUGGGCUCUACGUCUUGACCGGAACGGUGGCCAAAGACACGGCAGGCCCGGCUGUCAUCAUAUCGUUCAUUUUUGCGGGAAUUGCUUCGCUGCUGGCCGCCUUUUGCUAUGCCGAGUUUGGAGCGAGCAUUCCCAAAACGGGAUCUGCCUAUAUGUUUACGUAUGUCUCUGUCGGGGAGCUCUGGGCCUUUCUCAUUGGAUGGAAUGUGAUUCUGGAAAAUAUGAUUGGCGGUGCUGCUGUGGCACGUGCCUGGAGCGGUUAUCUAGACUCCAUUUUUAACCAUGCUAUCCAGAACUUCACAGAAACGCACAUCAUGCAGUGGCACGUCCCCUUCCUUGCCCAUUACCCUGACUUACUUGCUGCAGGAAUUCUAGUAGUUGCCUCAGUCUUUAUUUCCUUUGGAGUUCAAGUGUCCUCAUACCUGAACCACAUCUUCUCCUCCAUUAGCAUGGGUGUCAUUGUUUUCAUCCUCGUCUUUGGAUUUGUGCUUGCCGAACCAGCCAACUGGAGCCAGGAGCAAGGAGGUUUUGCACCGUUUGGGGUUUCUGGAAUCCUGGCAGGGUCAGCUACUUGCUUUUAUGCUUUUGUGGGCUUUGAUGUGAUCGCUUCCUCCAGCGAGGAGGCAAAGAAUCCACAGAAGGCCGUUCCCAUCGCCACUGCUAUCUCCCUUGGACUGGCAGCAACAGCCUACAUCCUUGUCUCCGCAGUCCUUACUCUCAUGGUACCCUGGCGUACCCUUGACCCCAACUCUGCCCUGGCAGAUGCUUUUUUCCGCCGCGGCUACAGUUGGGCUGGCAUCGUUGUGGCUGUUGGCUCCAUUUGUGCGAUGAACACUGUGCUGCUUUGUAACCUCUUCUCCCUCCCUCGGAUUGUUUACGCCAUGGCAGAAGACGGGUUGUUCUUUUCCAUUUUUGCAAGAGUAAAUCCUCUCACCAAAGUUCCCGUCAACGCCAUUCUGGUGUUUGGAAUCCUCAUGGCCACCAUGGCUCUGAUAUUCGACCUGGAAGCCUUGGUGCAGUUCCUGUCCAUUGGCACUCUCCUGGCAUACACCUUUGUGGCGGCGAGCGUUAUUGUGCUGCGCUUCCAGCCGGAGAAGACCCCCUCCAAGGACACAACUUCUACAUCUCCCAACCCCAACGCCGCAGCGUCCCCUGCCCCCUUAGAGUCUCAAGCUAUAAGCGAGGACAGCGACGAGCCCAAACAAUACGAGUCGCUGUCGGAUAAAAUCCAGCUGGUGGAGAGGCAGGUGAGCAGAGAGCGGCGUGGCGUAGGGCAGCUGAGAGCCUCCUGGGAACCGUACCUGGACAGGCUGGUGGGAGACUGUGAGCCAGGUGAAGUGGUGGCCUUCUGCGUGAUGACGCUUAUCGUGAGCUCUGUGUCCCUCUGUGCUGUCCUGGAAUUUGGAACCAAUCAGCUGCAGCUGCCAAUCUGGAGCUUCGCAAUGUUAUUGGUGAUUUUUAGCUUGGCGCUAAUUCUUAGCCUUGCUCUCAUUUGGGUUCACGAGCCACGAAAAAACACCACAACAUUUCAGGUACCUCUGGUUCCUCUGACUCCAGGUGCCAGCAUCCUCAUUAACAUAUUCCUCAUGAUGAAGCUCAGCCUUUUGACCUGGAUUCGUUUCACAGUGUGGAUUGCCGUAGGCCUCUUUGUGUAUUUUGGCUAUGGGAUCUGGCACAGCAAGGAAGGAAAGCGGGAGCUGCAGCCCAAAGAUAUGGCCGCUCGCUACGUGGUGCUACCCAGCGGCAGCCUGGUGGAGACCGUCCAGUCCGUCCAGCCCGACGGUCAGGUGGACACCUCAGGACACCUCGUCAGCUCCGCCCCUGCAGCGGAGGAGUGCGCCGAGAAGAGAUGAUGUGUGACCAAUGAUAGUCGGAAUUGAAACUGCCUGAUCUUUCUCUCACUCAUACUGUAUUUCCACUCUCUAAAGCUCACUCCCUUUAGUAUUCAACAGUCCGUCUUGUUGCUCGUUAGAAAAUCGGCAUCACCGGAUGCACUCUGUCUUAUUGUGAAGCACAUUUAUAUACGUUCUCAUAUUUAUAUUAGAGAGCUUUCUUACUGCCCUGUAGAGUUCAAGCAUCAAAGUUGUGUUUUAUCCUUCACAAUCAGCUUUUUCUGUGCAACAUUGCCAGUUUUUGGUUAUAUGUGGUGCUUUAUUUGUUAAAAAUCUUUCUUACACUUACAACAAAUCAACUUUUAUUUUGUUAGUCAAGAAGAGGAGAACAGCUUAUAAUAUUUAGGAUUUUUAAGCAAAGUAUUGUCUUAUUUUUUAUGUAAGGCCUGUUCUGCACAAAGUUGAUAAAGUUUGUGUAAUUACGCAUACUCCUCCCCAAUUCCCAGAACUCUCAGAUGAACCUUUCUACUCAUUUAUAUAAUCUUUGACUAUUUAACAUAAAAGUUAUUUUUCUAUUUUUGCUGUUUAUGUUGAAGUCCUGCAUUAUUGUUGUUUUUCUCCUAAAUAGUUUUUGUUGUGUCAACAUUUCUUUGGUUUUAAGUUUUACCGGUCUUUUGUGUAACAUUAACUUUUUUUUUUUUUAAUUUAUAAUCCUUUAAUCUCAUCUCAUGACCCUGCUUUUUUGGUAUCUUGAGCUCUCGAUUUAGUUUUUUUCACACACAUCCUUUAACUGCAAUCCUCUCCAUCCUGUCGGCAUGAGAUUAUUUACAAAGCACAUCUAUCAUAGAGAUCAUAGGAUAUUUUUUCUGAAGCAGAUUGAGAAAACAUAUAUAUAAGGCAAGCACAAAACUUUUGAGUUUUGAUAAUUUAAAGAAAAAAAGUGUUUCGGCAGAACAGUGAUAAUGACUUAUAACCCAGAAUGGGAGUUGUCUUUUGGGGGCCUCCCUAAUCCCAGCAGAUUUACUGCAGUCCCUGUCACCAGCCUGCCAUUUGACCUGGAUUAGUAAAAGCCACAUGUCACAUAAUGUGAGAAAAACAUUCCCUUUGUCUACACGUGUGUAGAUAAAUAAGUAAAAUUAUGCUUUUUAGAUGAACAAUAAAUGUCCCUUCCGUUGAUUUGCGUGUGUUCUGCAUGCUAGACUAGAAACCAAUGGCCUUAAACAUCUUGUUCUCAUUACUGGUCCUGCUGUUUUCAUUUAUUUGCCUGCUGGAUUAAGGGAAAACUAACCAUGCUUCAUUAUAAAACCAAAUACAAUCCUAACACUGAAGAGAAUGUACGCCUCAUUGUUAAAAAAUGGGUACCAUUGAAGAGAAUUUUUGUAUAUCUUUGACAAAAUUGUGCAAUACCUUGAUUUGUCAGUUAUUUAUGCUUUUCUGAUGUCAGGGCCAGUGUCAGUGAUUUAUACUGUGGUGCUUUUUUAAGCAGAACAUUCUCUCAGCUCUUUACGUCAUUCUUUUGUCUGCACAGACAUCGUUGAUGAGAUACUUUUCCUACUUCUGACGUGUAAUUGCACAUCAAAAUUUCAAGUCUUUUUGUGACAUGUCCAUGUAAAAAUGCAAAAGCCUGAAAAUAAAUGUUUUGAAGCAGCA